CUCGCGUCGCUGGCUUUGCAGUGAUUACGCAGUUGUUUUUUGCAGCAUAAAUUGGCUGGCACAGCUUUUUAUGACUGCUGCUGCGGGUUAUGAGUGGUCGAUUGCAGCGGAAUGGCUGCAGCGGUACUCUAGGCGAUUUAUGCGGCGGUCUGCGCCAGCAAUGCUUGCCAAGGACGUCCUCUAAAAGCGCCGCAGAGGAGGCCCAAAAUUGCCGUGUAAAACGGGUUCGCGCCAAAACCAGUAGGCCUCCAGCAGCGUACGAUCUUUCUCAGCAUGGUUCCCUGAAGCGGCGGACAAGGAAUCGUACCGCGCGACACACCCCAAAGCCGGCAAGACACCAGCCCGACGCGACGUACAAGCCACUCAUAGCAGCCAAUCGACGGCCUCCGGAACGCACGCAGCGCACCCAGGUCGCCAACCCGUGUCACGGAUCACGAUUAUUGCAUCAAUCGCAGAGAAACGCCCGCGGUUUUAAGCGCUGCGGAGAUCACUGCCAAAAUAUUCACUGCUUGCUAGACCGAGCUUUCGCCUCGAAAAUCGCGCAGGCUGCCAAAAACUAGCAAGACGCCGCCACAGCUGCGGCCCCGCCGCCACAAAGCCGCCGCAAAGACAACCGCCGCGCCCCCACCGCCACCGGAGCCGGCCUCGCUGAGCACCAUGGCGGCCGGCGACGCGGGCGCCUUCGUGCUCAACAUCAUUUCGAGCGUGUUCAUCAUCUCCGUCAACAAGCGGCUGAUGGGAAGCCCGCCGAAUUUCAACUUUAGAUAUGUAGUGACCCUGAACGCGCUGCACUACAUCACGACGUCGAUCUGGACGCGCGUCGCCAAGGUGAUUGGGCUGGCCAAGCAGGAGGAGUCGUCGAAGGCGCCCGCGCACGUGCCUCUUAGUUCUGUGGUGCUCUUCACGACGGUAUCGAACGCGUCCAUUAUUAGUCUGAACACGUCGCUCAUGCUCAACUCCAUUACGUUGUACCAGAUUGCUAAAUUAGGAAUCAUUCCGUGCACGUGCUGCGUGGAGUACUUGUUAUAUGGUCGGGUCUUCACGUCGAAGAUGGUGUUAGCUAUAGUGGUCACGCUGAUGGGUGUGGGAUUGGUUUCGAUCAACGAGCUGAACUACUCUGAUAGUACGUUAGGCGUCUUCGUGGCGCUGUGUUCCGUCGUGUCGUCGUCGGGCCAGCAACUUUUAGUCAGACACCUCCAGCUCAAGCACAACGUGAGCGCGGGGCAAUUGCUGGGUGUGGUCGCGCCGGCGCAGGGGGCCUCAUUACUGUUGUUGAGCCCGGUCCUGGACAAGCUCUCGACCGGGGGCUACGUGACGGACUACGAGUGGACGCAGGGGGCCAUGGUGUGCAUGGCCCUGUCCUGCUCGGCGGCGGUUUUGGUGAAUGUGUCCCAGUUCCUCGUGCUCGGCCGCUUCACGGCCGUCACCUAUCAAGUGCUGGGCCACGCAAAGACGGUCUGCGUGCUCGUGGUCGGCUACGUCUUCUUCGGCGGCGUCAUCACGGGCCAGCAGCUCCUGGGCAUGGUCAUGGCCAUCGCGGGCAUGAUGGCCUACUCGCGCGCGUCGCAGAGCGCGCCGGCGGCGAAGCCGGCGGCCCAGGAGAAGCCGGCCGGCGAGUCGUCGCUCGAGGACCUCCUCCAGAAGAACAAGGCGAACAAUGUCUGAGGUGGUAGUCAGGGCGUAAGAGCUUCGAGUCUGA